AUGCUCGCGUGCGUCGACUCGAUGAGAGAGAACGAUCUACUCGGCGCGCGAGCGGAGAGGUGCCUCGCCCCCUGCCCUUCAUCACCAUCACCGCAAAGCAUCAGCAUGAUAAGUCCUCGCGCCGUCGUCAGCAUCACCGUCAUCGUCACCGUCUUCACCAGCAUCCUCGCCCCCAUCCUCAUCACCAUCCUCAUCACCAUCCUUGUCACCAUCCUCAUCCCCACCCUCGUCAACAUCAUCAUCAACAACGUCACCUUCUUCUUCAUCGUCGUCGUCAACAUCCUCCCCUUGAUCGCGACAACUCUCUCCGUUCCGGACAACAUCUUCUACAUCGCGGACCAGCUCUUUGUUCGCUGC